UGGCAAUUCAGUCUUUCGCUUUUCAGCCAUGUUCUUUUUGCUUCUGACAUUUGCUCGUUCGCGCGUGUCUCUCUAGGUCUAUAAAAUGCAAAACGACGCUGGUGAAUUCGUCGACUUGUACUGCCCGAGGAAGUGCUCGGCCAGCAACCGUCUCAUCCACGCCAAGGACCAUGCGUCCGUACAGCUUGUGAUAGCUGAUGUGGACCCAGCCACCGGCCGUGCCACUGAUUCAAGCAAGAUGUACGUGAUCUGCGGAGCCAUCAGACGUAUGGGAGAGUCGGACGACUGCAUCGUCAGGCUCACCAAGAAAGAUGGCAUUCUGAUUAAGAGCUACUGAUGUGGGAGCGUUACUUUAUAAGGAAAUAAAAAAUAAUUUCAAAAUG